GCAAUAACGAAACGAUCCCUAAAUCUGAUGAACGAAACAAAUACUGGAUUUUUGUAAACAAUUAGUUAAUUGUGGACUCAAUUGGGAUCCGAUCGCAACACAAGAGACAUCAUGUCUUCGGCGACGGCUAAUGGAUUCAAACAAGAGAUGCCACCAAAGGGUGGUUACGCUGACAUCAACUUCGCACGGGUUGUGCCGCAGAAGCUCUUCAAAAACUGGUCGUUGAUGACAAUGCAUAUCGUAAUGAUAGCUUACGGCACGUAUUAUAUGAAGCGGAGGAAGCGAUAUAUGGGAAAGUUGGCGGUCGAGAGGUUUGAUCACUACAAUGCCAUCGAACCACUCAUUCAGGCCGAGAGGGACAGGGCGUACUUACGGCACAUGCGAUACAAUCGUGAAGUGGAGAGAGAGCUGAUGAAAGAGGUUCCCGACUGGAAAGUGGGCACUCUAUGGGGUCAUCCCGUGUACAGUACACUACCCGAGGGCGCCCUCCCGGACGUGAAUGUGAAUGAAUGGUUCGCUCACAGACACUACAAACAACAGGAGGACUUCUUCCUACCCGACAAAUGGACGUAAACAGCGAUUCGCGUAGAAAUCUAUUAAUUAAUUUAGUCUUUAGUUAUUGUUUGAAAUUAUCGCUUAAAUUUAGUGAUUAAUUAAAUCUGAUUAAUAUUCUGUAUAUUUAUGUCAAUUGAUAUUCAAUUGAUAUACGAGUUUGAGUUGUUUGUAAUGAUUAAAAGUAGGCUUUAAUCGAAAAAACAAAA